GACGAGGAACCCAGAUUGGGUUCCUCGUCAUGAGGUACCCAGAUGGAACCCAAAUCGGGUCCCUCAUUUGGGUUCCUCACGAUGAGUAUCCCAGAUUGGGUUCCUCGUCGUGAGGUUCCACAAGGAAACCAGCUCUGGGUUCCACCCUCAAUAACUGCUGCCAAACCCCCAUCUUCUCACAACGCUAGAAGGAAUGACAUUGCUUCAGCAAAUCCCGCAAAUCCAUCAGGGAAAAGAUCUAAAUCAUCUAGUCUAAUCACAGAGUUGAAGCUGUCUGUGGAUAGUCUAGAGAAGGAAAGGGACUUCUACUUCUCAAAGUUGAGAGAUAUCGAGAUUCUGUGCCAAACUCCUGAUAUUGAGCACUGGGAUUGGUCUAAUCCUUACCUCUCCUUUUAUCCUUGCUCGGUUGCUUUUAAAGAUUCUUGCAUUAGCUGGAGCAAAGCAACCUUUCCUAAUUUCCAUAAAAAAAAGAGAGAGCUUUUGGCUCGGCUUGAUGGGAUCCAGAGAACCCUUCAACAUGGAAAUAAUUCUUUUCUCCUAAACUUGGAGGAUAUCCUCUCAAAGGAGUACCAAACAAUCCUCAAGUAUGAGGAGGAUUUGUGGUUUAUGAAAUCUCGAGUUCAAUGGAUCCAAAAAGGUGACAAAAAUUCAAAAUUUUUUCAUGUUUCUACCAUCAAGCGUAGAUCCCAUAAUCGGAUUCUUGGCCUUAAGGACCUUAAUGGUAACUGGUGUUUUGCUGCAGAAGAUAUCCUCAAUGGUCCGUCAAUUCACUCUUCUAGCUGGCCUCAUUUAUCUAACAUUCCUUCCCAGAGGGAAGUUUGGACUGCACUUAAUACUAUGCAACCUUUUAAAGCCCCUGGACCUGAUGGCCUGCAUGCUGGCUUUUUUCAGAAAUACUGGGAGUUUCUUGAGGAGAAACUGUGUUAUGAGAUCUCCAAUAUUUUCUCCUCUGCCAGUAUGACCAACUCUUGGAAUUCUAGCCUUUUGGCUCUCAUCCCCAAGGUCAACAAACCUGAGUCUGUUUCUCAGUUUCGACCUAUAGGUCUUUGCAAUAUUUCCUACAAAAUUGUCACAAAAAUUAUUGUUCUUAGACUUAAGCCGAUUAUGGAUAGUCUUGUCUCCCCCAUGCAAGCUAGCUUUAUCCCUGGGCGUAAUGGUGUUGAUAAUGUGACUCUACUAAGAGAGUUUGUCUACUCUUUUAGUAGGAAAAAGGGGAGACUGGGAGAAAUGAUCAUUAAAUUAGAUUUAGAAAAAGCAUAUGAUUGUUUGGAGUGGAGCUUCGUCAGAGAAACUCUGAUUUUCUUCAACUUCCCAUCCAAUUUAAUUGCCCUUAUCAUGUCAUGUAUUUCCUCUGCAAAUAUGGCGUGCAUUGUUAAUGGUGGUAUCUGCGAAUCUUUUAAACCAUCUAGAGGAUUGAGACAAGGAGACCCUCUGUCUCCUUACCUAUUCAUCCUCUGCUUGGAAUUUCUUUCUCUUCAUAUCCAACAAGAUGUCCAAAACGGACAUUGGAAGGGGGCCAAACUUGGGAGAUCAGGUCCGAUUAUCUCGCACCUUUUCUUUGCUGAUGAUCUUAUCUUUAUUGGGAAAGCAUCUACUGCUAAUGCAUCUCACUUGAAAAACUUGUUGAGUUUCUUCUGUUCUCGUUCUGGACAAAAUAUUAACCAAAGCAAGUCCAAAAUUCUUUUUUCAAAAAAUACUGAUGAUCUCACCAAGUUUAAUAUCUGUCAUACUCUCGGCUUUGCCGAGACUAACUCCCUUGGCAAGUAUCUUGGGAUUCCUAUUACCCCUAAGAAGGUUUCCAAGAAGGAUUGCUCUUUCAUUGUGGAUAAAGUCAGAGGCAAAUUGGCAGGUUGGAAGGCUAACAUGCUUUCACUUGCUGGUAGAGCUACUCUAACCUCUUCUGUCCUUUCUACAAUCCCUAAUUAUUAUAUGCAGGCAGUCUACCUUCCUAGCUCGAUUCAUGAUGAACUUGAUAAAAUCUCUAGGGAUUUUAUAUGGGGUUCUACUGAUGAAAAAAAGAAAGUUCAUCUUGUCUCAUGGGAAAGAAUCACUCAACCAAAGAGGAAUGGGGGUAUUGGUAUCAAAUCUGCCAAGGAGGCUAAUCAAGCCUCUAUGGCGAAGCUCCAAUGGAGGCUCGCUGCAGAUAAAGGUAAUUUGUGGGCCAGGGCUCUCAAACAAAAGUAUAAGAUUGAGGGACCUAGGCAUGAUUUUUCCAACUCCCCCUCCCCUGUCUGUAAAGAUAUGGCAAAAGGUAGUCAUAUUUUUGGCUUAGGCAUUUCUUGGAUUCCUAGAAAUGGGAAUAACACUUAUUUUUGGCAAGACAGGUGGUGUGGGUCUAAACCACUAAAUUCUGUCCUUUAUGGUCCUUUUAAACCAACGGAUUGCCAUCUGAAGGUGGCUGACAUUUUAACUCCCCAAGGCACUUGGGAUUUAGAUAAAAUAUCCUACCACCUUCCUUCUGAUAUUGUGGCUUCUAUUCAAGCCAUACCAUUGUCUAAGCAUACCACUGAGGAUGAUAAGUUUGUUUGGAACUCAUCUGCUAAUGGCACUUUCUCUAUGAAUUCUGCGUAUAAUAUUGCAAAAAGCUUGCCUAUAUGCCAAAAAGAUCAAUGGUAUUGGAUCUGGAAGGUUCAUACUCUUCCAAAAAUCCAAUAUUUCUUAUGGCUCCUCAUGCAUGGUCGAAUUCAGACCUUUGACACUUUGGCCAAAUGGGGUGUUGUUGCCGAUAGCACAUGCCCCAUGUGCCGACUGGCACCUGAAACCAUUAACCAUCUAUUCAAGGAGUGUCCUUUCGUUGAUUGCCUAUGGUCUGCUGUUUCUCCUCAUAAUUGCCCUCUUCUCCAUCAUGUUGCUGAUUUUAAAGAUUGGCUACGGGCUAAUUGUGUUAGUGGUAAUUCUAAUUGUGUCAACACAAAUCAUUGGAGCACCUUUUUUACCUUCACCUUAUGGACCAUCUGGUUUACUAGGAACCAAUUUGUCCAUAAUAGCACCCAAAUGAAUAUUCAGCAAAUUAAGAGUGUUAUUCUUAAUAGAGUGCAGGAGUUCCUUAAAUAUAACUCCCCUGAUAUUGCUCCUAGAAAUAAGACUGUGGUUCACAUUGGUUGGUCACCGCCACCUCCUGGUUUCUUGAAACUUAACACUGAUGGUUCUGCCCAAGGGAACCCAGGGAUGGCUGGUGCAGGAGGUAUAUUUAGAGAUCAUAAUGGUUCCUGGAUCUAUGGUUACUCCAGAAAAGUUGGCUUUACCACUAGUCUUGCUGCUGAACUUUGGGCCAUUAGGGACGGUUUAGAUAUUGCUGUUAGCAGAGGAAUCUCCAAACUUAUUUUGGAAACAGAUUCCAAAGUUGCAGAAAUUCUUCUUAAAUCUGCAGACCAUAACUUCCACUCACUUGGUGUGCUUAUUCAUGAUUGCAGGCGUCUCAUGCAAGAGGUUCCUGACUUUCAAAUUCACCAUAUCUACAGGGAGGCUAAUGCGGCUGCAGACUUUUUGGCCAAACUCGGUGUUUCCUCUUCUUUUGGCUUUAUGUUGUAUGAUGAGAGACCUAAGGAGCUCUCUUGUAUUUUGUUCUAUGACUGUAUCGGAACUGUUGUUCCGAGAACUAUUUUUGGUAGCCUAGGAGGUGUAAGAAUUGGAGUAGGGGUUACAGCUUGGGAGGCGGUGUUGUGGUGGGUUCUUCAUCUCUCCUCAAUAAGAUCACUGGGGGAAUUUCAACCCUCUGUGGAGGUCAGAGAGGGCAGAUAUGAAGAGGCUAAGGCAGAAGGCAUUGAUAACCAUGACAGAGAGUUGGAAGAUGCUAUUUAUAGGCUCAUUGUUGAGUGUGAUAGGAAAAUUGGUAGAGCUCUCAAGUGCCUUGAGGAUGAGGAUGUGAAGGCUGCUAUUGCUAUAUAUCAGUCAUUGAAGUUACUCAGCAUCAAGGAAUGGUUAAUCAUUCUUAUCAUCUCGGGUGCCAUUAAGUGGCAGCUUAGAAAUCUUGAAGGCAAGACAGAUCUUAAAAUACGAGCUCUAGAAGAAGUAGGAGAGCUCAGAACUAAAAGGGCAGCUAAACAGUCCAUCCUGCUUUUGGAUGCUUUCAAUAAAGAUCGAGCAUCUUUGCCUCAACCAUUGCCAAAACUUCCACCUUUGGCACCAUUACCUGUAGCUGCACCUGGUCCUUAGAACCAGGAAAUGCUAAAUGAAAAGUUGAAGAAAUCUGAGGAUCUUGAUAUUUGUUUUUCUAUAUCUGCUCAGCUCCCUGCCAGACAGGAGCCUGUUCUGGAUUCCUCAAAAUACACUACUGCUGAUGUUUGCAUUGUGAGUCCUGUAUUUCUUUCUUUUAGUAUCAUAGAAAGGAAAAGUUGAGCCAUUUAAGAAAAAACUAAAUAUAAAAUUGUAGACAUACU